CGAUGAGUGGUUGUUCUUGACGGAUUUUUAAGUUAUUCUACCAGCUGUAUUUUGUUUAAGGGCUACAAACGCUAAGAAAUAUACAAAAUUUAUAUUAUUUUUUGUGGAGUUUUAUUUUAUAUAUUUAUUUUAAGAUGGUAAAUGUUAUGAAAGGAGUGUUAGUUAAAUGUGAUCCGGCUAUGAAACAAUUUCUGCUACAUUUAGAUGAAACUUUAUCAUUGGGCUGCAAAUUCAUAAUCCAAGACUUAGAUGAUAAUCACCUAUUCAUAUCAACUGAAAUCGUCGAAACUCUGCAAGCACGCAUUGAUGACCUAAUGGAUCGCAUUAAUGUAUCAGUGCAUGAUAAGUAAAAAAUAAACUCCAUAACACCUAACU